AUGGUGGUGCCACAGGAGAGAAAGGAUAGUGAGCAGGGGAUAGAGGAUAUGAUCAAUCUGAGUGAUCUGAAUGAGCAAUCCAUAUUGAACAAUAUUAAAGCAAGAUAUGCCAGAGAACUUAUUUAUACAUAUACAGGAAGUAUCUUGGUGGCUGUUAAUCCAUAUCGUAUGUACAAUAUAUAUGGAUUGGAUAUGGUUAAACGUUAUGAGGGUCGUACCCUUGGAUCUUUACCACCGCAUAUAUUCGCCAUUGCCAGUACAUCUUACACUAAAAUGAUGAAAGCGACAGAAAAUCAAGUUAUUGUCAUCAGUGGAGAAAGUGGAGCUGGUAAAACAGAGAGUACCAAACUGGUGAUGCAAUAUCUUGCAGCCGUCAAUAAAAGUGGUAACAAUUUAAUCACAGAACAGAUAGUAGAAUCUAAUCCUCUACUGGAAUCGUUUGGUAAUGCUAAAACAAUCAGGAAUGACAACUCCAGCAGAUUUGGAAAAUAUAUUGAAGUCUUCUUUAAAAAAGGAUCUAUGGUUGGUGCUAGAACACAAGAAUAUCUUUUAGAAAAAUCUCGUAUUGUCAACCAGGCAUCAGAUGAAAGAAACUACCAUGUUUUCUAUGAGAUGUUGGAUGCUAUGUCAGAUGCUGAGAAAGCUAAAUAUGGUUUACAGCCAGCUUCUAAAUAUUUCUAUCUCAAUCAGGGAGGUAACUCUGCUAUUGCUGGAAGAGAUGAUGCAGAAAAUUUCCGUAAAAUGACACAAGCUAUGGAUGUUCUGAAUUUCAAUAAACAAGAAAGAGAAACCGUUUUCAGAAUCUUAUCGAGUGUUCUCCAUAUUGGAAAUAUUUAUUUUAAAGAGAUCUCAAAUGAAAAUAAUGAUAAUACAGUAGAACUAGGAAGUGAUGCAGAAAUAAAAUGGAUAUCACAUUUAUUACAAUUAUCUGAAGAUUGGUUAAAACAGUCCUUAACUAGUAAAGUUACUGAAGCUAGAGGUGAUCGUGUUUAUACUGCCUAUAAUUUAGAUCAAGCCUUAGAUGCCAGAGAUGCCAUUGCCAAAGCCUUAUAUUCCCGUUUAUUUACGUGGAUGGUAGAGAAAAUCAACUCUACAACCUGCCAUGCUGAGAGAGAAAAAUACACAUCAUUGGCUGUCUUAGAUAUUUUUGGUUUUGAGGAUUUCUCAGUAAAUAGUUUUGAACAAUUGUGUAUAAAUUAUGCUAAUGAAACAUUACAAUAUUUCUUUAAUCAACAUAUAUUUCGAUUGGAACAACAGGAAUAUACUAAAGAAAAGAUAAGAUGGAAUCAUAUUGAUUUCAUAGAUAAUAAACCUACUAUAGAUCUUAUAUCAACUAAACCUGCUGGUAUUUUACAUUUAUUAGAUGAUGAAUCAAACUUCCCACAGGCUUCAGAUCAAUCAUUUUUAGAGAAAUGUCAUUAUCACCAUGGUAGUAAUCCUCUAUAUGGUAAACCUAGAAUGUCUGGUAUGGAGUUCUCUAUAUCACAUUAUGCUGGACAUAUUAAAUAUGAUGUAACUCAUUUUAUAGAGAAGAAUAAAGAUACACUAAGAAGCCAUGUUAUAGAGUUGAUGUGUGAAAGUAAAAAUCAGAUGAUAUCACAGAUGUUUAAAGAUAUGAGAGAUAGAUUGAUAACUAAAACAUUGAGUAAAACGACAGGACGUUAUAUCACAUUAAAACCUAAAACAGCUACAGUAGCUGCUAGUUUUGGGGAAUCUCUACUGUCUCUUAUUGAUACUAUGACCAGAUGUAACCCUUAUUUUAUUCGAUGUAUCAAACCAAAUACAACUAAAACUGCUAUGCAUUUUGAUGAAAGUGUGAUAUUACAGCAGUUACGCUAUACUGGUAUGAUGGAGACUAUAAGAAUACGGAAAAUGGGUUAUCCAAUACGGGUAAAAUUCCCUCACUUUAUAGAGAGGUAUCGAUGCUUAUUGUUGGGUGCGAAAAUUCCUGCUAGAGAAUUACCAAAUGAAGUUUGUGCCAAGAUUUUAGUAACACAAGGUCCAACUCAGGCUGAUCAGUAUCAGAUUGGUGCUACCAAGGAUGAAUGA